CGUUAAUAAAAUUAUAAACUCUAGAUAAUAGAAAAUUUUAACACUAUGUAAAAGCUUGGUUUAAUGUUGUUGAACGAAAAAAUAUUAACUUGGAGAAAAGAGAAAAAUGUUAUGCGAAAAAGAUUAACGUGGCGGAAAUGCGUAAUAUAAUCAGCUGUACCACAAGGCCUAAAAUAAGAAAUCUGAGCCCGAGGUCUAAAAAUAAAAUACUUGAACUCGGUUUUUCACGAGACAACUCGUUUUCUCCCGAAAAAUUUCUCCGCUUAUAUUGUAUCUUUCAUGAUUUAUGUAAUGAUAUCGAUACCCAAAGAAUUUAAAUGAAUUAGAUUAUUAUCAAAUUAAUCCGCAAAAUCAUAAAUAAAACAAGUUUUCUUCGGAAUAAAAAAUUAUUAAAGAAAAUUAUAUAUACGAAAAGAAAAAUUGUUAAACACUGGUCGAAGUGGUAUGGUUUCCA